CUUUCACAUUAUCAUCGCAGUUAGCCAUGACAAAACACUGCAAAUUUCCUUCCUUCGUAUGGCUUUUGUUUACUGCUUCAAACUUAUUACUCUUCUUCAUUCCUCUGUUAUUAGCAGAGAAAGAGAAUUACAUUGUCCACAUGGAUUUAUCAGCCAUGCCAAAAGCUUUCUCUGAUCAUCAUAGUUGGCACUUGGCCACUCUUGAUUCUGUUUUUCAACUCUCUAAAACCACAGACACCAUUAAUAAUGAAGCCAAACCCUCUACACUUCUCUAUAGCUAUACUCACGUUAUGCAUGGCUUCAGUGCUCAUCUCUCUCCCGCCGAGCACGAGAUCUUGAAAAGCUCUCCCGGCUUUGUUUCUUCGAUCAAAGAUAAGCAGGUGAAACCAGACACAACUCGUUCACCGUCUUUUCUUGGCCUUACCUCCACCUCUGAAGCUUGGAAUGUGUCGAAUUAUGGUGAAGGUAUCAUCAUUGGGGUGAUCGACAGUGGUGUAUGGCCAGAGAGUGAGAGUUUUAGUGAUGAAGGAAUGCCGAAAGUUCCGAAAAGAUGGAAAGGAAAAUGCGAAAGUGGAACUGAAUUCAGCUCUUCACUAUGCAACAACAAACUUAUCGGAGCUCGAUUUUACAACAAAGGGGUGAUCGCCCAUAAGAACGUCACUAUAACCAUGAAUUCCACGCGUGACACGUAUGGCCACGGGACUCACACGUCGAGCAUAGCUGCCGGGAAUUUCGUAAAAGGCGCAUCAUACUUUGGGUAUGCACCUGGAACCGCUAGUGGAGUGGCUCCGCGUGCUCAUGUAGCCAUGUACAAGGCGUUGUGGGAAGACUAUGGUGCUUCUUAUACAUCUGAUGUAAUUGCUGCAAUUGAUCAAGCAAUUAUGGACGGAGUAGAUGUUUUGUCUAUUUCAGUGGGAUAUGGUAAUGAACUGUUGUAUGAAGACCCUAUAGCUUUGGCGACAUUUGCAGCUGCCGAGAAGGAUAUAUUUGUGGCAACAUCUGCGGGAAAUGACGGGCCUCAUCCUGGUACACUCCAUAACGGCGUACCGUGGGUAACAACUGUUGGUGCUGGGACUAUAGACCGUGAAUUUAAUGGAAUUUUAAAUCUUGGAAACGGAGUUUCAGUCUCUGGUAUGUCUCUCUAUCCUGGUAACGAUACUACUACUUGGCAUGGUCCAAUAGCCUUUAAUGGUAACUGUUUUGACGAUAGAAGAUUUAAAAAGGGACACAUUAUAGUUUGCGAAGAAAAAUAUGGCGGCAUGCAAGACUUAGAGGAGCAAUACGACAACAUCCGCUUAAGUGAUAACAUCAUAGGAGGAAUUUUCAUAACCAAAGUUGUAGACCUUGAAAACUUCAUCCAAACCCGAAUUCCAACCAUUUUUAUAAAUUUGGAAGAUGGGAAAAAGAUCAAAAGUUACAUCAAAAGCAGCACCAAGCCAAAUGCAAGCAUGGAGUUCAAGAAAACUAUACUUGGUGUUAAAUCAGCUCCAAGUCUUGCUACCUACAGCUCCAGAGGACCCGAUUUAUCGUGCCAGCCGGUUCUGAAGCCUGACAUUACGGCUCCUGGCUCUCGAAUCUUAGCUGCCUGGCCGGAUAAUAUAUGGGUGGAUCUUCUUCAUAAUGAACAGGAAAUAUACACUAACUACAAUCUACUAUCAGGUACAUCCAUGGCUUGCCCGCACGUAGCAGGAGUAGCAGCACUUUUGAAAAAGGCACAUCCAGAUUGGAGUCACGCUGCAAUUCGUUCGGCAAUGAUGACCACUGCUGAUACCAUGACUCGAGCCAAUAAGCCAAUUAUAGAUCUCUCUUACGACCGGCUGCCUGCGACUCCUACAGACAUGGGAUCUGGCUAUAUUAAUCCCAACAAAGCGCUACACCCAGGCCUUAUUUACGAUGCCAAAGUAGCUGAUUAUGUUAGCUUUCUCUGUGCAUUGAAUUUGACCCAGCAGCAGAUCCAAACUUUCACAAGAUCCGCGCAUAAUAAUUGUUCUUUCCCGUCUUCUUCGGACCUGAACUACCCGUCUUUUAUCGCAUACUUCAACGCCGAUGACUCGGAAGCCAAUUUGACAACUGUUCAAGAGUAUCACAGGACAGUAACCAACGUUGGAGAUGCAGUGUCUACUUACACUGCAAAUUUGACACCCAUUCCUGGAAUUAAGGUAAGUGUCGUUCCAAACAAGCUGGUUUUCAAAACCAAGUACCAGAAGCUAAGCUAUAAGUUGACCAUAAAAGGUCCAAAAGCAAUCCCGCAAAAUAUAGUCCAUGGUUACUUGACCUGGACUGAUUCCAAAAUUAAAUAUGUUGUCAAGAGUCCCAUUGCGGUCAUAGGCCAGAAGGAUUUUUAUUAUGAUGAUGAUUAAAUGUAAUCUGUAUUAAUUACCACUAUCCAAAAUAAAUAAGGGCAAUGCUAUUUAGCCAGAAAAAUUAUGGACACAAAAUGGCUAGAAUUUUUUUUUA